AUGGCAUCUGAGUCGAGCCACGAGCUUCCACCAGAAUGGGGCCUCGUGCCGCCCAACCCAGAUCCGGAUCUAGUCCUCCCCGGAGAUGCCAUUGGACGAGAACUGGAUCGAAUUGAGAUGCCGUCUCUCGAUGUUCCCAUCAGUCGCAUCAUAGGAUCUAUGCCCCUUGUUUUUCGCCCUGAUGUUGAGAUCACUGAACUGUCCGAGAUCGACUCGGAGACUGACGAGCCUGAAACCCCACCUGAUACCAGUGCUAGCUACGCAGGUUGGAAUAGAACUAUCAAGUCCGAUAGUACUCCUCUUCAGCGAGCUACGACCAUCGGAGGCGCUGUUGUGCACAAUCUAUGUCUUGUCAUUCCAGAUGAUGACCUGAACGGCUUCGCCGACCUUCCAGUCCAGCCUGUUCGAGCAAGCAAAGGAGAACCGGCUCAAUUGGUUGCCAAGAUCUUGGACGAUGAGACCGAAACGGCUCCCAUGCCAUUUCUCAUCCUUCCCGAUGAACGUCGAGGACCUGAAAGGGACGCCGUUGAUAUUCCCGAGAUGCCGGAAAUUCGAGAGGAUAAGACCGAAGCUAAGACCGAGCAAUUUGGUGGGAAGAUGGUGCCUUUGUCUGACGAGCCAGACACUAAGCCAAAGGAUAAAGAUGAUAAAGGGGAAGAUGGAGAGAAGCAAGAUACGGACGAGCCUGCCAGAGAGAAGAUCAAGCUGAACACGGAAGGCUUGAGCCUCAAAGGGCAGCCUUUGGGGAAAUUGUUUCCCUUCAUUAACAACUUCAACCUCAGGAACCUUCCCGUGGAGAACCUCGAAAUCACCUACUCUGAAGAGAAGAAGAACUUUCUCUUCAAACCUGGGCUGCGACUCGAAGUGGACGUCGCGUUCAAGAAUAGCCUCGCCUGGGCGGGCGAUGCCUUGAAAAGUCUCUUUGGACCCAACGACCCUCCCAAAUCCAUUCAUCUAAGUGCCCAUUUGGCGGACACGCGCGACUGGUCUAAGAGGCCCAAGAUCGAGAACUUGGUACUUCAAGGAUACUUUCCACCACUUGCUCUCAAAGCCUGGGAUCUUCUGAACUUCCGAACGCUGGGUAUCGAGAUUAUAGCCACCAAAGCGGCCAAAAACAAGCGAUCAGAAGACGACUCCGAAGGCGAUAAGCCUGAAGAUGGAAGGCUAAAGGAGGAGAAUCUGGACGAUGCUGGCGAUAAGAAUGAGGAAGGGGAAGACGAAGAAGAAGGUUCCGACGACAAAGCGAAAGAAAAGAAGUCUUGGUUUUUUGGCUUUGCCUUUUUCGGAACCGUGCUGAUCACGAAGGUUCCCCAUGCAAAUGUCCCGCUGGGCGUCAAUUAUAGGAUUGCGAGGGAUUUUAUUGCCGCAGAAGAGGAAGAGAAGAAAGAAGACGAUCAAGAGCAAGAUAGUGAAGUUCAAGCUGCCGAGGAUGAAGGUCGAGAAGGAAUUGCAAAAGAAAAGCCAGCCAAGACGAUAGAUAAAAGCCCUAAAGACGAUGCUAAGGAGGACGGGGAGAAUAACAAGGAAGGCAAGGAAACCGACAAGAAGAAUGACAACUCCAAGCAUAAAAGAAAUUGGAAUUUGCUCAUCAAACCGGAAAAGUGGGAGAACAUAUAUGCGACACAGAUGGAAGACGCGGAGCUCAAGGCAUCAUUUGAGGAGGGCGACUUUCGCAACACGGUUAAAUUGGAAUUGUCAGCGGAGCUGAAGCUAGGAGAUGGAACAUUUAAAGUCCAAGGACAGAUAUCGCGAGAUGACAACUUUCUUGAGGUUGAGGUAGGUGAUCUUACACUAACUGACAUCAAGAAGAUACACGCACAAAUCUCGGGACAGAAGCUACCUGAGAAGGAAACGAACAAGUCAGACGACCAAAAGAAGGCAGACGAGAGGAAGAUGGCAGGAGGCAACAAAAUCACCUUCAAAGAGAUGAAACUCAAACUGUCGAGCAAGAAGUCGAAAGAAGAAAAGACUACUAGGAAAGCGCUUGAGCUCAACGGAAAAAUCGCUUUCAACGAACAUUCAAGCGCGGUCGGGAACCUGACCUUUGCGAGUGACGGAGUGACGGUCCAAGGUGGUAUCUCAGACGUCAAGAUCCCCGAUACUGACAUCGUGAUUGAGAAGGCGGGCUUGGAAAUAUUCUUUGGAUUUAGGCCAAAGAAAAUUGAGGAGAAACUAGAUGAGAAGAGUGGCGAUGGCAAGAAGGAGUCUAAGCCCACUAGCGAGAGCAAACCCGCAGCACCAGGUAAGGAUCAAGAUGGUAAGAUGGUAGAGAAGCGCCUGGUGAAGUCAACAGACAAACCACCACUUACCAAAACGCUGUCUGAAAAGAAAGAGACGGACAACAAGGCGGAGAGAGUCAAGAGAGGAAACAGAUUCGGCAUUCUGGGCGUGGUCAAAAUAAACAAGAUCACCAUCAAGGUCGGACUUUACACUGAGCAGAAGGAGAGCAACGAGAGGAGGGAGUGGCUGGCAUUCGGUGCGAUUGAGAACGUCAGGUUGAGAGAGAUCUGGAAUGCUAUCCCAGAGGAUAGCUUUCUUAAUCUCGAGUUGAGGAACAUUGCACUUAUCGCUUCAUCUCACGACAGGAAGAAGAAGAAGAAAGAUGACAAAACAGAAGAUGAAGGCGAUGAUGCAGGGAAGAGUGACGAGGUAAAGCCCAAGGCGAUUAGGAAUAGGGUGCCAGAUGGUGAGGUUUGGAUCAACAAUCUUAGUGUGUUCGCCGUUUCUGAAGGGGAGAAACCCGAUGAGGAUUCGAAGGGCAAAGAGGGAGUUGGAAACAAAGAUGAGAAAGCAGAUGAAGAGGAAGAACAAAAGGAGCCAGAUAAUUGGGACGUCCUGGGAACAGUUGAUGCAUAUAACUAUCCCGUGGUGAAAGGUCUACAGCUUUGUGCGACUAUCCACUCCUUCCGGCAACUAGAGGAGCUCAACGGGAAGAAGAAGUUGGAAGGACUCACACUCAUCUUAUCGAUAAAUUCGAAGGGUAAAAUCAGUGCUACUAUUGAUCUACCAGAGUCUUUCAGACUGCAAUUUUCGGAUACUGCAUACCUCCACAGCUUCGGUACUACUAUCGCUAUCAAGUCGACCACGGGGCCAGAAUUGAACAUCCACGCAACGUUAACUUUGAUGUUCAAAGACUCGGACCCCAUUUCUGUGGAGGGAGUCAUUGCUGGGAACAUUAAGGGUGCGAGAGGAGAAUUGAUGAUGUCUGAUGACUCUAAAUGGGUCAAUCCAUUUAAUCUGAACAAGAACAUGGUAUUUUCCCAACUCGGAGUUGGAACAGGCUUUGCAUAUGCAACUGUUCUCGUCACUGGACCAGAUGAAAUUUUUAUGCGAGGACAAGUCGAUAUCGGAAACUUUCGUGCGAAGCUCGACACGGGUCUCCGUGUGACUAGCGCUGAGGCAGUCUUCCAACUCGAGAUGAACAAGCUUGAUGCCAUGGAGGUUAUUCAACUUGCUGGCGUCCUCAUUGAUAACCAAGCCAUGCAGCAGAUGAAAGGAGCGGAGGAUAAGCUGGUCUUCGAGGACCUGAAACUGUAUGUCUCAUCCGGCGCUGAGUUCUUAGGUCGCUAUUACGAUCGCGGUAUUCAGGUGCGAGGCAAGAUGUGGUGCUUCGGCAAGAGAGGAGAGUUUGACGGUAGGUUUGAUGAGAAUGGUGUUGUUAUCAAAGCAGGGAUCGACAAGUUCAAGGUCGGCGGUCUCGAGAUUACAUCAACGCAAGAAGGUGUUGAUCGAGCGACCAUGGACAUCGAAAUGACCAAGGACAGACAGAAGCUGUUCAUUGACGGCCGGAUCCGAUACUCCAGCCUCGAGAUCAGCGUGUUUCUUGACCUUGAUAUCCAAGAGCAGUAUCUCAGACUUGACGUCAAGAUCAACCUGACCGAAAGCUUACUGUUGAGCCUCAAAGCUGAUGUCGUGGUCAAGAAUCAUGAUUCCCUUGAAGGAGCCGAGAUGAGCUUCGAGGCAAUUUUGGAUACUGACAUCUUGGGUGUUAUCUUGCAAGGCAUCACAGACGGUAUUGACGUACUGCAUAAGCUGGCUAAAAAGGCGAUUGAUGAUGCACGGAGCGACUUGACUACAAAGCUCGCCCAAAAGAAGGCUGCCCUGGAAGCAAUGAAGAGCGAGCUAGAUCAGCUUGAUAAAAAGUGCACUGCAGAAAAAUUGAAGAAGCGGGAGGAGAUUGAGCAAGAGACUGAGUUAUUGAGGGUACUUAAUGAUGAGUUCGAUAAAUAUGCAGGGGCUUACAGAGAUGCAAAAGAGGCCAGAGAGCAAAAUGUGGAGGAGAUUCAAAAGCUGAAAAGUUUGAGAGAUGAGGCAGAAAGAAGGCUUGGAGAGAAGAAGAUGGAGAUAGGGAAGAAGUAUGAGGAAGAUAUAAAGAAAGAAAAGGCCAAUAGGGAUGCUAUGGAGCAGGAAAAGAAGAGAUUAGUUGAUAGGAAAGAGGCGAAAUGGGGAGAUCAGUUGAGAAGCUCCAUAGAGGCGGAAAAAAGUUGGAACUGGUGGCGCAACAGAGAAAAUGAACUAUAUAAUUGGAAGAUGGUGUGUCUGUCGAAAGUGGGAUCGUGUAUAUUUUACGAGUGGCCAUAUUGGGCCGGAAAACUCGCCGAGGCCACGGCAGGUCUCGAGGCCGCACACAUUCGAAAGGCAGCCGACGCAGCAGUUCGACAAGUGGGAAUAACCAUAUCCCAGCUUCCAGCCUUCCGGGACCUUGAAGAAGCCAUAGGAGAAGCAACCAAAAAAAUCGAGCAGUUUGGAAGAGCACUCGAUGGUCUCGUUAAUAGAGGGAUCGGGGCCUAUAUCGAGGAGAUGUCGAAGGAUGAGAGCGAAGAUCUGGACCGCCAGAUCAGACUGCUAGACGCAUUGAUGGAGAAGAGCAAGGAGCUCGAGGCUGCUUACGAGGAAGCGAACAGAGAUCUUGAAAAGACUGUGGAGAGGCUAUCACCAAAACAAGAAGCCGCGAGGAAAAGGAUUGCUGACAUCCAGGCUGAGAUCAAGAUGCUGCCUGCGCAACAUGAGUACAUGAACAAGAAACAGGAUUACGAAAACAUUGAAAUCCAAGUCAAAGACCUCAACGCAACACUGGAAAACAUUCAAAGGGUUAUGAAAGAGGUCUCGCAGAUCAGUAAAGAUGUUCUGAAUACCUUGAAGAAGGGAAUUCCGAGAGUCACCAAGAUUAUCGUCAGGGCUAGCAACAGGUCCUUUGCGGAUGAUAAACCUUUGAUGUUUGAGAUACAUGCCGUGUGGAUGGAUAUACAGGAGAUAUUCUGUGUCGAAUGGGCACCGAAUCAAAGGAUUUCGGUUCUUUACUCACAGGCUGCCGAGAAGUUGGCGACUUGGGGGCAUGAGGACGAACACCCUGCUCUACCUGAGCCAACGCCACGACCAUAUCCCACACCACAAGAUCCAAAGCCAGGGCCCCAAGACCCACAUCACAAAGUGAAGAUUCAUCUUAUUCACCGCGGCGCAAAUAACGACGCAGAUUGGCCAUACUGGAGCACCUUUGAUGGCCAGACUUGGAGCGAGGAUUACAAGAUUUGGUCUUUUGGACUACAGAUCAGCGAUGGUUUCUGCUUAGCUUCGUUCCAGAAGAGGCUUUUCAUUUUCCAUCUCAACCCCAGAAGCCGCAGGUCACAAGUGUUCUACGAGUCAUACGCAUCAGGGGCAUGGACGAGAGGAGCGACCACGACUAUUCCGAAUACCCUAACCUCGCCAGGGAUGUGCGCUGUCACCUUCCGAGGCAAACUUUACCUCUUCCACCAUGGAAUUCCCAAAGAGAAACUUCGAUACAAUGUCUUUGACGGUCAACGAUGGGGGGGCGACACUGAUAUCCACAUCGACGACGUCACCGUGGGCUUUACCGCUGUUGUAUUCAACGACAAGAUAUACCUGUUCUAUCUUCCAAAAUACGGCAUCGCCUCCCGCAGGUAUGCUUAUGUUGCGUUUGACGGAACGCGCUGGGAGAAGGCACGUGCCCUUACUCGACUUGGCAAGCCUGGUGUUACAGCAGCUGUGUACCAAAACAAGCUACAUCUGGUGCAUCAAGGACACGGCAAGGCUGAGGCUAACAAACUGUGGUAUAAUGUCUUUGAUGGGAAGGAUUGGAUAACGCUUUCUGAAAAGGCUGGAGCCCCGCUUGUGCCGGACUGUUGUGAUGUCGAGGGGGAUAUUUCUUCUGUUGUUUAUGAGGAUAAGAUGUAUUUGUUUUAUAAGAAGUUGGGUGAUUCAGGGGUGUAUAGACAUGUAUUCGAUGGGAGUAAGUGGGUUGCGGAACAGGUUGAGGGGGUUCAGACUGUAAAAGGAGUGGCUAGUGUUGUUCAUGAGUUGUAG